GACCGCCUUUCUGGCUUGUCAUCAUAGAAAAACACACAAACGAACCCCACAUUCUUUCCUACCUUUUCUCUGUCUUCGAAUUGACGCUCCAGUGUUUUGUGAAAAUGGCAGAAGUGAAGCAUCAGCCUGAAAUAGAGCCGGAGAUGGACGUAAACGAAGGAGGAGAAGACGAAGAAGACGAUGAAGUUUUUUACGAGAGAAUCGAAGCCCCAAAGUUUGUAGACUUCUCCACUCCCGACCACUACUGCCCCGAUGAUCGUUACUGGUUCUGCUUGCGUGUUGGCUGCGACCAAAAACAUGAAGAAGAUAUGGACUCUGAGAAAAUCUACAAGGAUUUUGUUCUCCGAGUAAUGGCUGCUAGGAGCCCCAAUGUAAGACUUCAGAAAGCACUAAUCAGACGUGCUGCAGGGAAGAAUAUAAAAUGUCCACUCACUGUGCCAGCAAAAUCUUCCAAGUCUAGACUCUCAAAGUUAGCUGCUGUUUCAAACAUUUCUCGAAAACUGAUUGAUGACAACGAGAAGGUUAGUCAUCCUUCAAAGCCAACUUCCACUCCAAAAAUCAGAGGAAAGCAAGUUGCUGCCAAGUAUCUUACUACCCCUAGGAACAAAAAGUGCAUCUCAAAUCCGAAUUCCUUUCGUAGUGUGCAAAAUCCAAAACCUGCAGCUCUUGCUGUUCCAAAGAAUAGAACCAUAGCAAAGGCUUUGGUCUUCAACUCCCCGAAGAAAGCCAUCAGUUUAAAGAAAUCAGUGGAACUGCGAAUUCCCUUAACCAAAUUAUGUCAAGGAAUCAAGAAGCUAGAGAUUACAGAUCAAAAGAAGCGUCUAAUGGAUUACUCCGGAAAGUCAAAGGAUACAAAACCUAAUCGCGGAGAUCCUUUGAGGAACAAAAAUACUCAGAAGGACAAAAGCAAGACCCCCAAGAAUACUGGAAAGUCUAAAACUCGAGUACCAAGGGAAGACAGACCUGUACACUCAACUAACAUUCAGUGCCAAGCUAAAUUGGAUACGCAGUGCGGCUCCAAGAACAUGGCAGAAAAUGAAUGCAGCAAGCCAGAGACUGAUUUAGCGUUGGCAUACGGUAACACAGAUUCUACACAGCCAGAAACUAAUGUCUGCUCAGCUUUACAAUCAACCAAAAAUCAGGAUUUGGCAUCAGAUGCCGUGACAGAUGAACUGAACUGCAAUGCUGAUCACAAAGAUUUGGUUGGAAAUGAUCAGCCACAAAGUCAAUUAUCUAGUGGAGAGGAUCAUAGUGGUACUGAAAUGAAUACUUCAGAAAGUGCAGCACAUCACCAUAGUGAAUGCAUGGACAAUGAUGACAAAGAGAAUGUUUCAAUUCCCGAUGAGAACAGAAGUCUCAGCAACAAUAUAAACCAGGCUGGUCAAAAGGUUCUUGGUGUACAGAAGAUGCAAAAAGUCAUCAAGAAGAAUGCUCAACCAGUGGCCAAGAAUCUUAAGGAGGGUUUACUUUCCAGAAAUGCUGGUGCUUCAGGGAUGAAGCCCAAGAAGCCAAAGCCUACAAAUCCUAAACCUUUCAGGCUAAGAACUGAUGAACGGGGAAUUCUUAGGGAAGCUGACCUACAAAGGAAAAAACAGGGCAAUGUAGAAUAUCAUGACGAAGAAAACAGAUGUAACGAAGAUAGUACUGAAGGCAAUGCGAGAGAUUCAAAGGGCUUGCGAAAUGAUUUAUCCAAGGAGAGUGGCAUAAAAAGCAAUAAGACUUCAGACGGGAAAGUGAGAUUAAGGAAUUCAAGUAUAACACCAGAGAGAUCUCAGGCUACCCAAGCAAAAACAACCAACUUAAGAAAUGCUAAAUCUCCCAUGGGUUCAUGUUUGAGACAAGGUCAGGAACUCUCUGUAAUACAAGAAGGGAAGCUUCAUGAAAAUGGUUCGGCAACCCUGCCCCGAGCUAAAGCUUUGACGCCUUCCAGAACGUUAUCUCGUGGAAGAAGGCCUUUGACAAUCCCGAAGGAGCCGCACUUCCACACCGCGCACCGGCCCAAAAGUUGCACAAGAAACUUAGUGGAACGAGUGCCCUUGUAAAGAUUCAAUUCUUGAGUUGUGUGUAUGUACUUCAAAUGAUUCAUUUGAGUCAAACCUUAACUUUUGAGUUAUGCAUGCACAGAAGUUGCAAAAGAAACUUAGCGUAACAAGCACCAGCACCCUUGUAACAUUCGAAGUGAAUUCAUUUAAUUCUUGAGUUGUGUAUGUACUUCAAAUGACUCAUUCGAGUCAAACCUUAAAUCUUUUCCAUCUUCUCCAA